GUUAUAUGAAAAGGAUCCAGGCGAAUCUAUGAGACAAUUGGGUGAAUUUUCUGAACGUCCAGACAUUGAUUCUAUUGUUCGGUUAGGGGAUAUUUAUGCUAUUUUGAUUGGUCAUAAUGUUAAAAGGAGUAAUUUUAGAAAGGCUUGGAGUUUAAUAGAACAUUGCGAACAACGUUCACGUCCAAGAAUAGAUGUUAGAAAUUAUUUAAAUAAAAAUACUCUGGAUCAAAUUUGUGAUAAUGUUGGAGUGCCUCGUUUAAAGAGUGCCAAAUCUAUAAAGGAGGAGGAAGAAGAAAAUGAAAAAGAGACUGCAGAUACUGUUGAAUUUAGCCAUUCAUUAAGAAGGCAUAUUGAUGCGGGGUCACCAUAA